AUGGACAUGGUCCGGUUAGAGAAGGAGGAGGAGAAGUAUGACGUGGACGACGUGCUCGGGCGCGACAUCAAGAGCGUGUUUCCGAGCUUGGAGAAGAAGGAGAAGGACAAACUGCAAAUGCCAAUGAUGCCGCAAGACAAGGUGCGCGAGCUCCUCGGGAGCAGCAAAUUCGUCACGGAGACGGAGCUGAAGGAGGCGCGCAAGGCGGCGGGGAAGAGCGAGGACGACGUGGGCCCCAGCGAACCCUACAGGCCGCUGGCGCAGAUCCUCCAGGAGCAGAAGGACGCGAAGAAGCGGGCCGCCGAGGAGCGCUGGACGGAGAUGAAGCGCGGGAAAAAUCGCCCGCUCGAGGAGGAGGACUACGAGUUCUUCGACAAGCUCGCGCACGAGGCGUACGUGAAGGAACGACAGCGGCAGCUCGAGGAGCGACAGGCGAUGGCGCAGUUCCAGCUGCGCCGCAUGCAGGCCGCGGACGAGCCCGCGGACGCCAAGGACAAGCCCGAGCCGCCGCUCCGGAGCGCGCCCGCGCAGCCGCCGACCCGGGCGCAGCGGCAACCGCCGGCAGCGAAAAAGAAGCGCCCCCUGGUGGUGAUACGGAAGGCCGGGGAGGAGCGCGCGGAGAAGAAGCAGGCGCGCGGGAGCGAGGGCGCGGAGCCUGCGGAGCGAGAGCGGGAGGAGGGCGGCGAGGUGGGGGCUGCAGACACCUCGGGGGGACUCGCCGGGCUGUUGGGGGACUACGGCAGCGACAGCGACUGA